GGCGCAGGAAGGCAGAUGCGUUUUUGGCUUGUUCUGGGCCGUCCUUUUUCACUUCAUCGCUCGGCUUUCGGAGGGGGAAAAAUGUAUACAGCUGUUCUGCUCUUUGUCUUCGUGUGCUGGACUGCCACUGCCCACGCAGACCACCAUCAGCCUUGUCGGUCACCCAAUAUGACAGGAUACGUUUCGGUGAUGGGACAGAGGGCUGAAACAAGAGCAGCUGGACCGUUCACGUACGACUCCACGAACAAGAAACUCCGGCUCCAGUCCAACUCAAGCCAUCCCUGGAACGUAACCUUGGAUCUGGACCUCUUGGUCUUCUUUGAGGAGGGGAUUUUAUACAAGAUCGACAGCAAAAACCAGAGCUGCGAGAAGAAGUCGCUGCAAUGCACAAAGAACCCUUUCGCGCUUCCCAGUGACGCCACCUUCAUGUCCACAAUGACCUCUGGGAGUGUCUCCAUUGAGGGGGAAGGCCUGAAAUUUCAAAUUUGGACAACGCCAACACCAGGCUUUAAAGGCCAGAACAUCAUGUGCCUAACCAUGGGGUGUUUGCCACUAAGUACAUUCUACGUGACAGAAUCUUCCGUGUUCAUAUUCAGCAACAUGAAUGUUGAACUGGAGAUCAAGGAUCCUGAUCUCCUUGUAGUGCCUUCCUUUUGCCAAGGAUUGCCUGCGGAGGAGACCCCAGAAGGGACAGUAUAUGGCUUCUAUGAUGAAUUCCUGUAAAUUCAGGCAAAUGUUGCGGCCAAGUGUCCCGUCAGAAUGCUUCUCUUCUUUUUACGUGCAACUUUAAUACUUUGCAUUGCAACUGUUUCACCUUCCACUCCUCUAAGCUGAACGAAAUCGCACUGUAUACAUGUAAAUGGAUGAAAUGACAUAUAUAAUUAAUCAUGAUUAAUAACUGCUUUCACAUUGGUCUUGCUUCCAAAAACCUUCACCAUAUGAAUAAUGGAACAACAAGAAAAAGUAUCAGUGGUUUCAACUAGACCUUGCUUGUUUGUUUUUUGGGGGGGGUAAUUCAAUGAAAUACAAGUUUAAGAAGAAUGCAACUGCACUGCAUGACUGUUCUCUGUCUUCGGUUAAUAAAACAGCAAAUAGACUGAC